AUGUCUGAAAUUCAGAAUCUUUUCGCGGCUACCGACUUCUUCAAACCGGCUCACUACCAGCGCUUGCUUGUGACCAAACUCCAGCAGUGGAUCGAAGAGUUUGAGACCUUAGGCGCCGCCGCAGCCAUGGGCUCAUCUUCAACCUAUAGAGAAGAGAUGGCCCUAGAAAUUGCUAAAGCAAUGUUAUCUACUUACAUGUCUGGCGAAUUCCAAUAUUCUGCUCGCCUUCGAGAAAUUGCUGUCGUGGGUGGCCAAGCCUGGCUGGAUCAAAAAUGUGCCAAAUUGGUAGCUGAACAUAUUCAGUUUGACGAAUCUCAGAUUCAAGUCAUUACGGAUAUUCUUAAAACUCAUGGACCCGUUCAUAAAGGGCAAAGUGCCGAUUAUUCUUCCGAUGCUUCUACCUCUAGCUCUUCGUCAUCUAGUUCUUCGCCUUCUCCAGCUUCAGCAGGAAUUGCUUCUGGAUCUUCUUCCUCUUCCUCUAGGAAACCCUUUGGCUUUAGCACCUCCUCCGAAGAAAUUACCAAUGUCCGGCCUUUGAAUCAGAAGCCAUGCUUCCGUUUCCAACCUUCUUCUCUGGCAAAUACAUUACCCGGCUUUCUCGCCUCAAUGAAGGCUGCUAAUGAUGUACUUGCAACCGGGGAAUCGGGGGAGCAUAAGAUCGAGCUCUCCGAGAGCGAUUCAGACCAGCCCCAUAUCGAAAUGAAUUUGGGACUUGGCGUGUUAGAGGAGAUCAAGGGCGAGAAUGAGUCUCUUUCGUCCCCAGUCGCUAUCAAAGGAAAAGGGUCUGUUACCAAACCAGCGACACCAACCCAGCCCAAAUUUAGCACCAAGAAGAAAGACAGCAUAUCUUCCGGUCUCGACAGCAGCCCAACCUCCGAGUCUUCAAGUUCGCCAUCUUCCUCGGUAAAGCUUAAAUUGAUCCACCAUGAAAAGGAUAUUGAACCCAUGGCGGAAAAGAGAAACCCCGCCAAGACGCCCAAAAAGGUCAAGAUGACUCACAAGGCCUCUCGCCCGUCAAAAUCCUUUACCAACUCUAUUUCCAUGGACAAGCCUAAGAAACGCAUUAUGAUCAAGUUAUUGAUCAAGCAGCCCCCUUCCUCCGAACUGACUAAGGUAGAACUUGAAACCGAUUACGAUUGGUCCUCGGUUUCCGGAUACGACGAGGACCAAGAGACUGAACGGUUCCCGGCAUAUGCCGAACCGCCGCCGGAGGAGUUGGAAGCGUUCUCGGAUAGCAUAAUGUCCGUAGCUGGUUCAAACCAGUUACCAGGAUACACUGUGGUUGUUGGGGGAGGUUAA